CGCGACGCUAGUCAGUCGGAUUCGGGCGGUGGGGGAGGGCGGCGGCGACGGUGGCAACAGUGUCGAGUGGUGAGGAGGCCGCAGAACGGCUCCAUGGUACACCCGCGUAGGUUCGCGCGGUUUGGAAUGCUGGCUUCACCUGACCGCUGAGGAGUCCCGAACAAAAUAGUCAGCUCUACACACCGUCCGUGCACAAGAGGAGAGGCAGGAGGUCGCAAAUUUGGUCACGUGAUCUGGUGCCAGUGCGUGUGGAAGACCACACUUUGCCCUGCUCGGCUGUUGUGCUCUUUAUAGUCGCUGCCGCGACUGCUCUCGGUCGGACCCCACGCGGCAUGAGCCGGCGGGCGAGCCUGUUCGCGAGGCAGAACCCGGGUCGCCGCCGGGUCAGGUUCCCGGAUGAGGUGGUGUUCGACGACAGCGUGCGAGAGAACGACACCGAAGCCGUGAUGGCCAUGCUGCGACGGACCAGCGUCGACAUCGAGAUCAACCGCACCAACUCGGCCGGUUUGACCGCACUCCACCAGGCUGCGCUGGACGGCAACCUGCCCGUGGUUCGGAUCCUGGUCCGGUUCGGGGCCGAUGUCAACUGUCGGGAUGAGGACUCUUGGACUCCGCUGCACGCAGCCUGCUCCAUGGGGCACCACCAUGUGGCCAGAUUCUUGGUGGAGAGCGGUGCCGACCCGCACGUGCUGACCCAGGAGAGCCAGCGCCCGCUGGACUUGGUGCAGCCGUCCGACAUGGAGACGGUGGCGGCCAUACUGAGCGCCACCUUGGAAAGCCAGUCGGAGGCGGGGGACUCCGGGGUACAAGGAGCAGGAGGCGACAGUGGCGCCGCCACGGCCACAGAGCGCUGAAAUCAGGCCACGUGACCGCGAUGCGGCGUGAUCUCGACUCGUGACUCCGCGCGGUCGUGGCCUCGCGGGAAAAUCGUGGGAUGUAGUCAACGGCGUGCCACGGGCCAACAUCGGUGUGUUGUUACCUUCGCAAUGUCGAUGUAGCGUUGUGGCUUUCUGUCGGCGCGUCAGGCUGGUGGUCGUCGCGCCGUCCGUGGCCAUGUAUUGUUCGUAGUGUUGGCGCAGUGGCAAAGCAGUGCCGUGCAGUGGCGAGAUGCUUCAGUUAACGUACGACUGGAUUCAGAAGUGUGCAAUAUGAUCGGCAUCCCAUCGUAGCAAGCUGCCCUCCGAUAAACACUAGAUCAGGCCUCGAAGUUCGGGAUGAUACAAGCGACCACUCACCUGCCGCGACGCCUCGAUCACCACAGGCGGUCGUCGGUGUGCAUCUGUAAGUAGAUAUAGGAUCACAUCACUUUCAAACCCUCUGCAGAGCUGAACAUAAUUGCCGGUGGGCGUCGCACCUGCAAUGCUCUAUCAACAAUGGCGGCUAAAUGUAAUCAACUUUCACUGACAUUCUGUGAUAGGCGUACCUCUUUCCGAUAA